ACACCAAGCCACCAAUAAAGAGAAGGAAUUUUAACGAUUAAAAUGUAACCAUAUAAACUGCGUCACAAUUAAGAAUCAGAACGUUCACUUUUCAACUCGUUUAUCGGGUUUUUGAAGAAACAAAUCCUCAAACUCGUCAUCCAUCGUUGGUUUCCUCGCAGAGGCGCCUUUAGGUCUGUGCUGUUAGAGGACCAGACGCUUCACCCAGGGACCUGGACAUGGCCAGCUGUGACAAAAACUGGGACCCAUAUGAGACCUCACAGAGAAGGGAGUUUGUUUAUAGACCCAACUCAUCGCCUCCAGUUUUACGACCCCUGACAUCAAAGGCCUAUAGAAAUUCAUAUGACCUGGCUGAUCCUGUGGGUCGAACUGCAUAUAGUGACGACUUCUGUUGGAAGCCUCAAUCUAAGCCUGCCUGCAUUCGGACUGGAUCUGCUUCUGGCAACAGGAAGAACAACCCACACCCAAGCCAGGCAUUUUUGGUGUGGAGGCUCCCUCCUGGACUGAAGCUGUGUAAAAACCCCCCUUCUGAGGAAGAAGUCAGAAAGGUGCUGUCUGCCCAGUACAAGUCCACCUACAGUACUGACUUUCUGGGUAUGCCUAAAGGGAUGGUUAUGAACCGGACAGUCCUUGCUCCUGUUAAGCACAGUGCCGAUGCUCUUCAGACCGAGAUGAGGUAUAACUACCGCAAGCCUGUUCUGAAAGCUGAACUUCAGGGAAAUAUAUCCCGCUAUGGGUGCAAUGGCUUGCAUAGUGUGGCACCAAAGGGCAUAGUCCCCUCAGUAGUUCACAAACACGUCACUAACCAGGAGAGCAGGAAGCAGCUGACCACAUAUGACAGGCAUUUUGGAGGUAAAUCCACGGACCUGUCAUCGACACUCAAGUCCCUCCAGCCAGAGGAACUCCAGCACUUCUACAAGCAUUUACCUGAAAAAGAGAAGGUGGAGGUGCAGGCGUUUUUGCAGAGAGCCCCCAGUCCCCCUGGUCAAAUGAAGAAAACGAAGCACUCAGUGGGGGUGUCGCAUUGUCUUCCAGUGCUAGACAGGGUGUCAGUCUGGCCUGGGCCUCUGUGAAUGUGAUAC